AUAAACACGAUAGACACGCCUAUCUCAAUUAUCAUCUGUUACGUACAUUACCAUGUGUCAUGACUAGCCAAUGAAAAUGUAUGUUACAAAUGACUUGACAACCUUUGUCGUUCUAUAUAUGUUCACAGUUACGAAGAAGGUGAAGUGCUGAUUCUACACAGAGAGGUAUGUAUGUAUACCUUAGAUUUACACCAGAGAUAGAACAGUCGGCAUAAACAUCCAAAUAUAAAUUGACAGACCAGCGGUUAGACAUGAAAGCCCGUGUCACCAUAAAGAAGCAGGAUAUUAGCUGUAAAAUAUGGCAGACGAUCAGGCAUGUACAGAGUCAGAAACUCACCCAAAUCAAAAUCAACCUGGAGAACCGACAGAACUCAAAAUAAAGACGGAAGUAUCUGAGGAAAAGCUUACAACUGUUAUGCAAUAUUUGAAAGAGACAUCAACGUUCUGUCUCAUACAUACUAAAAAAGAAAUAUCUCUUUUCUGCAAGACAUGUGAAAAACUGAUAUGUACAUCCUGUAUCAUAGCUGGAGAUCACACUAAUCACAUUUUUUGUGAAACGGACGACGUGGUCCCCACAAAAAGAAAACAGUUGUUCGAACAGAUGUCGACGAGAGAAGACAUGACUAAAACAGUACAACAGAACAUGAACAUGAUCACAACACAAAAGGAAAAUGUGUUGAAAAAAUUCAAAUAUUUGUCUGUGGAAAUUGACAACAGAAAAACGGAAAAAUCCCAAAUACUUGAAGCGUGGAGUCAAACUCAGCAGGCGUUAGUUAGGACACAGGAAAGGAGACAGCUACGAAGCCUCGAUAAGUACCUCGUCAAACAAGAAGCAUGCCUUGCGAUUCUGGAACAUUUUCGGAGAAAUCCGAAGUGUGACGAUUUUAUUGAUGAUAAAAAAUGUGUACAUGUUUUACAGAUGCUUGAAAGCGCUACUGGAGAACAGACCAGGCUCGUGUCGGAUGUUGUGACCUUCACCACGGAAAUGAGCGAGGCUGAGAAAAUGGAGAGGUGGAUGGGUCACGUGACUGGGAUCGAUUCUGAAGUCAGACAUCAACGAAUUACAAAAUUUCACUUUUGCGAUUCACAAAUAAGUCAAAUCUCACCAAUUAGUGCAAAAAGGGCAUUUGUGGUGACAGAAAACCAUUUGUAUCUUGUUGAUUCUGCCCAGGUUAAAUGUACAAGGGCCGACAUCGAACCACUGAUGACCAAAGUUAAGUACAUCACUCCCGUCACAGAACGUGGUAUAUACGUACAACAGACUAACAGUGACGUGAUCAAACGUGUUACAGUGGAUGGUCAGACACGCCACUUCACUAUUUUCGAUUCGUCUCCGUAUUCACAGGAAGGUAACCUUAGCAUAUCGCAUACUGGCACGAUUCUAUUGACAUGUGUCCAAACAAAUGUCACUUAUCAUUCCCGCAGACAAGUGAAAGUCACAAACUUGGUAUUGAAUGAAUUCAACAAAAAUGGUGUAAAAGAUGAAAGUAAAUCUAUUUGCUGUCAAUAUCAUAAUGAGUGUACCUUCUUUGUCCUCACAGCCGAGGCCAUCUACACUCUCAAUACCAAUGAACUUCCAACUAAGCUUUACCAGCCGGGAUAUGUGGUUAAUGUUGAAACGGCAACAAAAUAUGUUGGAACAAUAGGGUCGGAGCCGGCGAGCACCUUCCACCCCAGAGGACUAUGUAAGGAUCAAGAUGACCACCUCAUAGUUUCUGACUUCUGGAACCACGCCAUACACCAAUUAACAAGUGACGGGACAUUCAAUAAGUUUUUAAUGACAGAAGACGAUGGCCUGAUGUACCCAACCGCAGUCGGCAUCGACAACAUCAACUGGCUAUGGGUAGCUCAAAAAGAUGGACAGAUACACAUCGUCAAAUACGACCCAUAAUAUUGCCAUCGGUUUCAGUUGGUGUAACCAAGGCGGCGGUUUAGACUCUGAAUGAGUCCACAACUUUUUGUACUGCGAGGAGAUUUUCUCCUUUUAUCUUGCUUAGAAAUCAGCUUUUAUACUGAACUCAUAUAUUUUUGACAGCCCUUAGCCAGCAUCCUAUUUGUAUUGCGCUCCUUUAAUUGGGGUGUUUGGAGAGGACUGGAGAGCAUAAUUUCAAUUGGAUUGCGUAAGCUUUGCUUGACUAAUAGACAUUCUUUAUCGGGAUGUAGCUGCUUAGUUCAGUCCUGUAUUACUCAAUUUUGAUGCAUUCAAAUUCUUAACACUAUUUGGUGGUUUAAAAUGGUUCGAAAAUUACACUAAGGCAAGCAUAAAGUAGAUACAUGUUCACUCAUAUUUGUAACCUACAGUAGUUAAAACAAUUCAUGAUUUAUACUGACACAUUGUCUACGUAUAUAUUAAGCAAAAGGAGAACAAUUAAGAUUUUAAAGAAAAUUCUACUGCAAAAAUGGUUAAUGUUUCUAGGAUGUCAUUGUAUCUGGAUGAAAUUAUAUUUCAUUAGAUCUGUAGAUUGGUGAUACUGUUACGAUCUGAUGUGCGAGGUAUACUUAACGGACUGUAUUUGUAAUUUGUAAACGUUCUUAUGGCGUGCUCAAAUUGAUUUAAUUCAAUUAAUAUUCAAUUAAUACACUUUAAUGAAAGUAAAACUAUUUACUAUCAAUAUAAAAAUGUCUUUACCUUCAUAGUGUACACAGCCGCGGUCAUCUACGCUCUGAACACUUCCAGCGAACUUCCAAUUAUGCUUUAUAAUCCAGAGUGUAUUAUGAAUGUUGAAAUAGCAACAAAAUACGUUAGAGCUAUAUAUACAUGUAUAGCCGUAGCAAUCGAGCACUUUUCACCCAGAUAACUAUGUAAGGAUUAAGACGAUCACAUCAUCGUCUGACAUCUAGAGUCACAGAUAGCCGCAUUUAUAAUUUUACGGAUCCAAAUUUUGUGCCAUACAUAACAAUAUAACGAAUCUUUGCGCAAAUCUAAUUUAACGUAAUGUUUUCAAUGAAAACCCGCUAAAAUAAGAUUACCGCGAAAAUAUGUACAUUUAGGAAAUCCCAUAUUCAAGUUCAAGUUCAAUAAUAUACUCUGAAACGUUCAAUAUUGUGAAAAGAGGCGCAGUGAGAUAGGUAGAAAUUGCUAACAAGAGGCCCAGAGGGCAUGCAUCGCUCAUCUGGUUAUUUCAGUAAUUAUAGCAAAAUACUCUGAUUUAAGUUAUAUUUCAGCUAUUUUCCUACUUUUCAACUGCUUCUUCGUACAAUGGUUCAAGUGGACUAAAUCCUGUCAUUCUUGAAAAAGAAAAGGUAUUUUAAAGGAUUUUGUUUUGCUUUAUUUCCCCUAUUAGGCUCCUUCCUCCCGCCCCAAGGUUGUCACAUUCUUCAUUUAUGCAACAUACAACAUUGCCAAAUAAUUCUCCAGACCCAAUUUCAUUAAAAUUCAUUAGUUUUUCAGGACUAGUAGCGUUUUAAAAAGAUUUACCCUAGGCCUGGUGAGCUAAACAAUGUAUCAUUACAAAGGGCAGUAAGUCUGGAAGGUAUAGUUGAAUAAUUCCCAUUUUCGAACUCCACCAAGAUGGCUACAAGUCUUAUCCAACCUGGUUGAUAUUUACUCGAAUUAUCAUGUUCACAAAGUCCAAUAAUAUUAUGCAAAAGGCUAAUAACUCUGUAAGUUACUGUCAAAUAAUUUCCAAGUUCCAAGAUAUUGGCGAUAUAUAGCUGCAUACAAACUUGGUUGAUAUUUACUCGGGUUAUCGUGUUCAGAAGGGCCAAUAAUAAUAUUAUUACAAAUGGCAAUAACUCUGCAAGUAGCUGUCGAAUAAUUUCCAUCAUCGAACUCAUCUGAUAUUUUGAUGAUAUAUGGCUGCAUAAGAAGUUUCAUCAAAUUUGUUUGACAUUAGAUCGAAUUAUCGUGUUCAGAAGGUCCAAUAAUAAUAUUAUUACAAAGGACAAUAACUCUGUAAGUAUCAGUCAAAAAAUUUCCAUUUACGGACUCGUCCGAGAUCUUGUUGAGAUAUGACUGCAUAUAAAGUUUCAUAAAAUUCUGUUGAUAUAAAAUGGUAAAUGUUGACGGACGGACGGACGGACGGACGCCGGACGCCACGGUAAAAAUGUGGGUUAUCAUGAAAACUUCGAUUAAAAUGAGGGAUGCCUUCAAUGGCGAAUGGUUAGUGUACUGUUGGAAGGAUGAGAUAGUGAGGUAAUUUCGAGUAUAAUAUGUAUAUUCGUGAAACACCAUUAUAAACGAAGAAGACAGCGAAUGUUGCGAGAUAUUUUGGAGUUUUGUAUACAAUAUAACAAGUUGACAUGUCAGUUAUCUUGUUGAAAAUAAAAAUGAAAUCAUUGCAAAGUA